AUGCAGCGACGUCCUUACCGCUCUCACAAGGUGCCAGCCUGUGACAGAUGCCGUCGGUUCAAGCGGCGAUGCACGGGCGGCGCCCCAGAUCGGCCUUGUGUGCUGUGCAACCUUCAGGAGGUCCCCUGCGAGUAUACAGCUAGCUCACUGCAGAAGGGUCAGUCGGCAUCGGAUCGCUCUGCAAGACGCACGUCUAGUCAGCGAACAGCCCGUCACAUUCCAGGGCCCAAUGUCGAGUCGCAAUCGUCGGCCAUCGAUGGAGGAGUGGGAUCUGAUUACCAUGGCGGCCCGAGCCAGGCGCGCUCGAGGCCUGAACUCUCCAUGGUUGCUAACCCUGUGAUUUCGGAGGAUAUCCGGAUUUUGGAGCGGUAUAUGUCUUCUCAGCGGGUAGAGAGCAGCGCAUUGGAGAAUAACCCCAUGGUCUAUUUGAAAAUUUCCCGUCGGAGGGAAGGGCUGGCGAUGACUGAGAACCCCGGGAAACAGCAAAAGGAAACUCUCAUGCAGGUUCUUAGAUCAAGCGCCAAUGAGCUAAUUGAUUUGUACUUCGAACACAUUCACCCGGCAUUCCCACUAUUUGACCAGGAUUCGUUUAUUCAGCUGUAUCGCGAGGACAAAGUUUCCCCGACCCUCAUCUGCGACUUCUUUGCUGUCUCUCAGAUCCUGUGGAACCAUUCGCCGACCCUCAGGAGAAUACAACCGCCAGACUCCUUGUUCGUGUGGAACCUGGCUGUCGAGGCGCUGCAGCAGGAUUUUCUCGUUGCAGGCAUAUCUACGCUUUAUGCGGUGGUCCUCGACUUGGUGGGCCGUCCUAUCUAUGCCGUGCUGCUGAAUGCUAUCAACUCUGGACGUGCAGUUUCAUUGGCCCUCAGUCUUGGACUCAACCGCAAUCCUUCUGGAUGGAAACGCCCAGCCAUUGAGAUAGAGCUACGCAAGCGACUAUGGUGGGCAGUAUUAAUCCAUGAUUAUUGGUCAAGCUUUGCCCAUGGUACACCACCGAUGAUCCGCAAAGACCAGUACGACGUCCCUAUUCCUGCGGUGUCCGAUCUUGACGUAGGCCCGCGUCAUCCUAAGAGGAGUACAGCCUUUGUUUGCUUCUCUAGUUUAUGCCGGUUAACCCUCAUCCUUGGCGACAUCCUACCACUUGCGUACAACUUGACUAUUGACCAACAGGAUAUUUGGAAACAGAUCCGCCGUCUAGAGUUUGACUUAGACGCAUGGGAUGACCGUCUGCCUGACGAGGCACGACCGCACGAUGGCGAUGGAAGAAGAAUCCCUGGUUGUAGUAGUUUGCGUUUAGGUUACCUCUCCGUAAGACUUUUGUUGAAGCGGGUCGCACUGCACGCGGCAACAGUUUCCUCAGAGGCGGACCGCAAAGACAACAUUGCAUUCCACCUUGGACAGUUACGCAGAUCCGCGCAGGAAAUCGUCAGCUACAUCUGUGGUCUAACCAAGGCACAACUCCAGGAGUUCUGGCUCCCAUACGGCCCAUCACCUCAUUCUAACCGUGAUAAUCCUCCUCCGCUGCACCGUUGAGUCGCCUGAACCAGCCAUUGCCGAAAAAUGCAGAACAGAUCUCGACCGCUUCUGGACAAAGCUUCAAUCAGCGGCGAAAGACGGCUGGGAUCUAGCCAAUAUAUGCAUCACGCAGUGCGCGGAAUCCGUCUCGAAGAUCCUCGCCAUGUCUGUGUCUACCGCCUCUUCGUCGGCUGCGGCGGCAGCGACGGCAGUUGAUCCCAUCGAGGUUGGGCCUUCAGCGCUCCUUGAACUUCCGGAUGUGGGAUCUGGAUCACCAAUGCAUUUUAUUGCUCCGGAACUUAUGCCAGAUAUCCUACCCUUCUCGAAUCCGGACAUCUCGUUUGAUAAUCAGUGGGAUAUUGGGGGCUUGUCCGGACUGGGGUUUAUGGAUGUGUUUUCUAACCCUUGAUUGCGCAGAAAUUCCUGCAUUUCCGCAUCAAAGCUCCCAGCCCUUGCUUGGGUAUUUCGAUAAAGUGCUAGAGGCUCGACAACACAGACAAGGAUAUUGUGUGUGAGAUAGGCAACAGUAUGCUGCCACAAGGGCUUACACCGCAGAGACUAUACCGCACGAAGUUUCUGCUUCAGUUCCGGGUCCCACAUGGCGCUCCAGCAUGCCUUGUUUAUGAAGGCCUUUCAUGAAUCAAAACACGGAUUAUGGCAAACGGGUUAACAAUCUUUCUUCUAUGUCCAAGAAGAUGGCAUCCACCUGAAAUGUAUUCAAGGCGGUGAAGCAAGCUACCUGUAAAGAGGCCGCGUGCUGCUCAUAGCCACACGUAGGAUAUCAAGUCAACGCUUCUGUCUUUCUCAAUUGAUGCAACCCGUAUCGGGCUCAUACUUGAC